GUAGUGCGCGUCCGCCGGUCCAGCAUUCGGUCGACGUCUCUCCGUGUAUGUUGUGUGUUCGUGCGUUUCCGCUCUCCGUUUGCCGCGACGAUAACGACACUGUCUAACAAUAAUAAUAUUGUUCCGACACGGGAAUUUCGGUUUUAUCGCUAAAACGGUUGUUCGUUUUCGUUCGCGCAACCGACCCGUCGUCCGGCGGACUUGUGGUUUAAUAUUAAUUUUACAUUUUGUUCGCGGUUCGAAAUCUUGUUGCCGGAUGUGCGCGGCCGAGACUACGCGCGCGCGAUAAAUCCGUUUCGAUCUCCGACCGACGGAAAUGUGGUGAUCGUCCGAAAACCCGAGACCAACAUUUUCUGCCGCGUAACCGUGUGUCAACAAUAGCAUCAGCAGCAGCAGCAGCAGCGGCGGUGACAACAUGAGGUUUCUCGUGUGCGCUCUCGUCGUAUACUUAUCAGCAUGGUCGUGUUUGGGUCAAGAAGGAAUGACCGACACCCGAGAAGGGGAAGAUAUAUCACUAAAAUGUCGAUUUAAUGGACAAUUACCAUCAACCGUCGCCGAAACUCAAUAUUAUUGGCUGAGGACUAAUAAACACAACCAAGAUAAUGUGGCUAUCAAGGCGACUCCGUUAGAAGGAAACUACAAGCUUGAUUUCCGUCCAGAACUAGGAAUCUAUGAUUUACUCAUUUCCAACUCAACUUAUGAGAGGGAUAACGGAAAAUUCGAAUGUCGACUGAAGGCAGCCGGUACUGGUCGUGAAAUUCAUUCCCAAAGUUUUCAAAUAACUGUAUUGACACCACCAAGUCCACCGCGUAUCACACCCGGACCUAACCCUGUUGCUACAGAGGGACGUCCUUUGGAACUAGCAUGUACGAGUACUGGUGGGAGUCCUGAUCCUAUUGUUAGGUGGUAUCGCGAAGGUGUUCGAGAUCCCAUUGAAUCUAUUACACGCAUCGGUACCAGCAAUAAGGAGACGGUUACAUCAGCGGUUUUACAAGUGACUCCAAACCGUGAGGAUGAUGGUGCGGUGUAUCGGUGCAUGGUGUGGAACAGGGCUAUGGCUGAAAGCACAAAGUUCGAGACUAGGACCACUUUGAGUGUAAAUUAUUAUCCUCGCGUUCAAAUUGGCCCGGAAAACCCUUUGCGGGUUGAACGAGACGAUUCCAUUACCUUGCAAUGCAACGUUGAUGCUAAACCUCGCGUCAAUAACGUGCGAUGGAUGCGUGACGAUCGUUUCAUAGCUACUUCUUUCACUCAUGUCAUCCAAAAGGUUACCGCUCAAGACGCUGGCACGUAUACAUGUUUGGCGGACAACGGAUUGGGACAAACGCGUGAAGCCGAACUCGUGUUGGAUGUCCAAUACCCUCCUCAAGUGACUGUCGAGACCGGGCCGGGUGUCGCUAGACAACGCGAGGCCGAAGAAGGUGAAACUUUGACCAUCCAGUGUAACGUGUCUGCCAAUCCACCGCCAGUUUCGGUCGAAUGGAUUCGCGAAGGGCGUCCAGAUUUCCGGCAAGCAGGAGAAGUUCUACGCAUACCUAAAGUCACCGCCGACUCGGGUGGUGUAUACACUUGUAGAGCUGUCAAUAUACUUUACCCGUCUUCGUUGUCACGUCAAAGAAUAAACCGUAUUGGUAACGCGUCCUUAACUCUGUUGGUCCGUCACCGACCCGGCGUGUCCAGGAUCACUCCGGAUAGACCCAUAGCGACUGAAGGUACAGGAGUGACUUUGACGUGUUCAGCGUCACCUCCAGGCUGGCCGACUCCUCAGUUCAAAUGGUGGCGUGAAUUCGAUUCAGCAAACCCAUCAACUAGUGCCACAAUUUUAGCUACUGGACAAAAAUACACUAUUCAAUCUGUACAUUUGGGAAGUGAAGGUCGCUACAGAUGUCAAGCAUCUAAUGAGCUGGGAACUGGAGAUGCAGCUUCUGUCCUAUUAACUGUUCACCAUGCCCCGAAAUUCGUCACCAAAUUGCAACCACACGUCACCAGGCGUGCAUCAGAUAUAGGUUUUUCAGCUAUCUGCGCUGCUCAAGGAAAGCCUAAGCCGGCUGUGACUUGGUACAAAGACGGCAAAGAAGUAUUGCACGAUUGGUUUGAUGUUAGCACAGAUGAAACAGAAAACAGUAAUGGAGUAACAACUGUGCACAGUACACUAAAAUUCCAUGGCAAAGAACGACCUCGGGGUAACCAGUUGGUGCCCUCAGAUCGAGGUGUGUAUUCUUGUGCAUUUGAAAAUGAUGUUAAGAAAGUUGAAUCCAGUAUGCUUCUUAGAAUUGAACAUGAACCCAUUGUAUUACACCAGUUCAACAAGGUAGCCAGUGAUUUAUAUGAAACAGCUGAAGUAAUUUGUCGAGUACAAGCUUAUCCUCGCCCUGAAUUCCAGUGGAGCUACAAUAGUAACAUGGCUCCUUUACUGGCAGGUAGCGAUGGUCACUAUGAAAUAAACACAACUAUUAAUGAAAGUGGUGGUGACAUUUACACCAGUGUCUUGCAAGUAUCAAACCUCCGAGAAACAGACUAUGGUGAUUAUAGUUGUCGUGUAGCCAACACUUUAGGUAGUGUAAGGUCCACAAUUAGAUUGCAACCUAAAGGACCACCUGAUCAUCCUGAAAACAUAACAGCUCUUGAAAUUGGCCACAAUAGUGUUGUAUUACAGUGGAACAGUGGUUUUAAUGGUGGUAUGAUUAGUACCAAACACUCUAUAAGCUACAAAAAAGUUUCUGUGGAUGAGAAUGAAGUAGACAUUGACUGUUACACAACUAAAAGGUCCAAUCAGCCAGAAAGAUGGCAAGAAUUCGACUGUCAAACAAAAAAUCCCUGCAAUGUAACCAACUUGGAACAACAUCAAAGUUAUUUAUUUAAGGUUAAAGCGUAUAACAAUAAAGGCCACAGCGAGUAUUCACAAGAAACUGUAGCCAUGACUAAAGUGGAUCGUAUACCAGCACCUCAACGUGUAACAUUUGAUCCCGAAUCUCAUGCUUUGACCAUCAACAUUGGUGCAACUUGUUUACAGUUGGUGGGAGUUGUUGAAGCAUCCAUGGGAAGUACUCGUGAAAAUUGGCAUUUGAUUGAAACUCUUCCAUUAGCAGUUAGUGGUAGUACAUCUACAAACCGUGAAGCUACCAUUUUGUCAUUAAUUUCACAUCGUCAAAGCACUGGUGCUCGUUCACUAGAUGAACACGACCUGAACCUAAUGGGUGGUAGUGAAGAUGAAGAUCUUAUUGAUAAGCCAGCUGAUGAUGUUCGAAUUAGAGUUAGGCUAUGUCUUCGCUCUAGUCAAACAACAUGUGGUGAUUACACAGAAGCUGAAAUUGGUGCAAAUUUUGUUAAAGAACAACAAGCAAUUGCCACUCCUACCCUCAUUGCUCUAGUCAUAUCAUGUGCUGUUUUUAUUUUAUUUGUGGCUUUAUUAUUUGUAUUUUGUCGCUGUAAACGUAAGACUGCAAAGAAAACGACAAGCAAAGAAUAUGAAAUGGAUUCUUCAACUGUUCACCCUAGUAUAAUUCAUGGACCCCCACCCUACACCGAACCUGGUCUUGACAACAAAGUACUUCAGCAGUCUGUAGAUCUAGUUCACGAUGUCACUAAGAAUGCUGUAUAUGGAUCCCAAAAUGACUAUAAUACAUAUCACACUGGCAACGGAUUGCGUCCGAAUGGUGAAUGGGUCAAUGUUGGUUAUGUAGAAAACAGUUAUUCCAAUUCAAACAAUGGUGGUUCAGUCAACUCUCAAGAUUCUCUUUGGCAAUUAAAAAUGGGUGGUAAUGGUAGUACUGGUGGAGCACACAUUUCUCGUGAUGAUAAUUUACACAUGUCUGAGCGCAUGAACCACUAUGGAGGUUAUGAUCCACUAACUCAUGGUGGCUAUGGGAAUAUGGAUGAUUAUGCACACUAUCCACAACUGACUUCAGCUAGCCCAGAUUACAGCACUCAUAGUCAUGCCCCUUCUAGGCAAGAUUACAUUCACAGCGGUCAUUUGCAACCAGCUGACAAAAGCCGCAGGCGGGAUCUACACCUUGAAUCUCCAUAUGGUGAUGUUAGUGGCUUACCUGACCCUUACCUUGAACAACUUAUUGACAACGAGGACCACAUGAAACCUCAACCACAUUUGUCCAUGUCAUAUGAUGAAAGUCUUGAGUCUGGAUAUUCUACUCCGAAUUCACGGACGCGACGUAUAAUCAGAGAAAUUAUCGUUUAAAAAUGAUGCGUUGCCCUGUGUGUAUAGUGUUUUAAUUUUGACGUUGUUCUUGUACAUAAACAUAAGUUGUUGUGUUGUUAAAGCGUCAUCAGAUCUCAAAAUUUUGUUUGUGCUCAACAUCCAUCUUUAGAUCGUAUAAACUUUAGUUGUAUCCCAUUUCUACCACACUGCCUUUGUGUUCCAUAUACAUGCAUCUGUGUAAAUAAUCAAUUUUAUUUAUAAUCAUGAUGAUAGUGUUGAGAUAUUCCAAUUCAUUGAUGUUUGAUCUAAACUUAUUACUUAAUGCACUUAUUAAAAUUUUCAUUAAAAUGAACUGUCUUUUUUUACCAUUGUAUAGUUGUUAGGAAAACUUUCAAACUUAUGAGUAUCAAUUACUCUGCUACAAAAUGUAUUAUUUUUCUGUAUUAUAAUAAUCAUAAUUUUUAUUUGCGAUAUGUUGCUCUAUAACUUUAUGUUACUGGAAAAAUUAUCAUUUACUUAUGUAAAUAAACAAACACAAAGCAUUUAGUGUUAAAUUCAUAUUUCCCAUUUAACACAAGUAAUAAGUAUUAAUGCGAGAGACUUUAUGACUUGAGUUUUUUUGAAUAUUGUUACAAAAUCGUGUUGGGUUAAUAUGGCAUUCUUAACUUGCUACAGUAUUAAAUUAAAUGCACAUUGAUUAAAAAAUAAGACAUGUUCCUCGUUUUUCUUUCAUUUUAAAAAAUUUAUGUUCUAAAUUUUUUUUUUUUUUUUGUAUUUUGGUCAUUUAUAAAUCCAAGACUGUUCAGUAUUUUACUUAAUUUCUUGACCUCUCGUGUAGACUCGGAAUAUCUUGUAGCAAAAA